AUGCUCUGGUCUCCUCGGCCUUGCCUCCUCCUCCUCCUCGUCCUCCUCCUCGUCCCAGCCUCCCGGACGGCCCCGCUCCUCCUGCUGCCGCCACCGGUCCCCGGGCCGGACUGGUCCCUUCUGAGCCCGCGGGUGGCCCUGGGCCGGUCGGCGCCAGCAGGGCCACCGCUCCUCAUCCUCCUGGAGGGUGGGGCCUCGGUGGGGGCAGCUGCCAAUCGGAGCCGUCGGGGUGCCGGGCCGGGGCGGCGCGGGGAGCUGUCGGUGUGCGACGCGGUCAGCCGCUGGGUGACGGACCGCCGGACGGCCGUGGACAUCCGGGGCCGGGAGGUGGCCGUGCUGGCCGAGGUGCAGACCCUGGCCGGGCCCCUGAAGCAGUAUUUCUUCGAGACCCAAUGCAAGGCCGGCGGGGCCGGGGGAUCCGCCGGUCCCGGGGGAGGCUGCCGCGGCGUGGACCGGCGCCACUGGGUGUCCGAAUGCAAGGCCAAACAGUCCUACGUGCGGGCGCUCACCGCCGAUGACCAGAAGCUGGUCGGCUGGCGCUGGAUCCGCAUCGACACCGCCUGCGUGUGCACCUUACUGAGCCGAGCCGGCCGCGCUUGACGGGCAGCAAAGGAAACCGGACCGUAGUCAGCAGCAGCAUCGAGAAGCA